ACAGAUCCAGACUAACACGGCUGCCUCUCUGAUACUUGACAAAUAUUUGAAAAGAAACCAAAAAACCCAAACAGAUCCUUUUACUAUGUUACCAGUGACUGCACUACAGAAAUUUUAAAUGGAAAGAAUUGUAAUACACAUACUCUUCAGCAUUUUUAUGUUAUAUUUUCAUUUAACUCAACAAGGAUACUGAAAAGUUAAUAAGCAUUUUACUUUCUUCUUAGUUCGAGUUUCCAAAACUUCAAGGAAAUAUUGAAGUAGAAUUUUUAGUUAUCGUUCUUUACUGCAUACUGUUCAUGCUCCCUUCCUUUUAAACUUUCCUGAAAACAUUUAAGUUCACAGUAGGUUUUGUUUAUUAAAAAAACUAAAGUUCUAGCAAAUGCUACUUGACAGUGUCUAUUUAUAAAGUUGCAUUUACAACUUUCCAGAUCAGAAACGUAGCACCUUUUCUGACAGACGCAAACAGAAUACAGAUCCCUGCUAUAGUCAUCUCUAAAGUAGCAGUUUUUUCCCAUAUCAAAUUAAUGGUGUUGGGUUUGUUUAAAAAAAAUUUUUUUGGCAAGAAUUACAUUUCUCUUAGCUAUUUCUUUAGUGACUGAGAAACCUGGAAGAGGUGAUGAAGUCCCGGUUUAUUAUUUUGUUAGUCAUGUUGUUCAGCCUGCUUCCACUAAUGCUGGAGUGUCUAAUGCAGUUAGUGAGAGCUGGCGCUACUGUAAAUGCCUGUACAACACGUUUUGCCCAAACACCAGCCCAUAUUGCUGCUUUUGGAGGACAUCCUCAGUGCCUGAUCUGGUUGGUUCAAGCAGGGGCCAAUAUAAACAAGCAGGAUUAUGUUGGUGAAACUCCUAUUCAUAAAGCAGCACGAUCUGGUAGUAUGGAUUCCAUAAGUGCCCUUGUAGCUCAUGGAGCUCAAAUAGACUUGAGAAAUGCCAGUGGACUGACAGCAGCAGAUCUUGCACAUACCCAGGGCUUCCAAGAGUGUGCCCAGUUUCUCUUGAACCUCCAGAACUGUCACCUGAGCCGUUUUUUUAGCAAUGGCACGUUAAAUGGAGGUCCCAAUCCAGUCAAUGGUGGGACAAGUCGAAAGAGAUCCUUUGAAGAUGUGGAUUCUGCUGGAGUAAAGAAAGCUAGGAUUGAAGCUCAUAGCUUUGAUGGCUUAAUACCAAUGAUGAAUGGAGGAAAUGAGGAUGAUGCUGACAGUAUGCACAUUGAUAAAGAGUUUGCUGUUGUAUCAGAUAUGAAUAGCAGUAGCUCCGUUUUGAAUGCAUUGACAAAUGGAUGUACCAUCAAUGGACAUUUGGACUUCACCGCCAUAACACAGUUCAAUGGAAUGGAUGCCAGGCAUGAAGAAUGUUUAACGUUAAUACCUAAUGGAAUAACUCCUGGAGUAGCUUCUGCCAAUAGGCACAGAAGUCAUACCAGUAAUGGCACUGAAGAACCAGAAAAAGCCAUGAAUACUUCUGCUGAUAUGUGUGGUUCACUGCAUCUGAAUGGAAGCCCAAGUAGCUUUGUGUCUAACAGGCCCUCAUGGGUUGACGAUCUUGGAGAUACUUUGCACUAUGGGCAUUAUCAUGGUUUUGGGGAUACUGCUGAAAGCAUCCCUGAACUUAACAGUGUUGUUGAGCAUUCCAAUUCUGUUAAAGUUGAACAGAAAUACGAUAAUACUGUCUUAGGCACAAUGUAUCUUUAUCAUGGCUCCUAAAUCAGCAUCUUGUUCCUCAA